AGAGUUGAACACAGUAUGAAUAGUCCAAAUCAUAAAAUCAAUCCUCAUUUAGCUAUGCUGACGUCCAGCAGGAAAGGACUGCCUCCUUUUCCUGGUCAUAUCGCAGCUUCAGUACCUCAGAUUGCCUCUGCAACUGCUUUUCCCACACUGUCCACUCAGACGCCAUCCUCCUUCAGCAGCCUGUUGGAGAGUUUUAACAGCCCAGGUCAGAGUAGAGGGAGAGAAAUGAGCUCGGGGAAUUUGCCAGAGUAUCAUCCCCCCCGUCCCAUGCACAGCCCUCCCCCCCUGCGACGAGCCAGCCUCCCUCUUUUUCCUCCCGUGUUUAACUCCGUCACACCGACUCCGUCUCUCCUCAACACCCCAGCCCAAACCCCACCUCUGUUUCUCGAUGCUCUUGAGAGCGGCGCCUCCUUGGCUCAUUUCGAUACCCAGAAUGACACCAGCUCACUCUUUGACUUUGCGGAGAAGCUGAGCCAGCAGAGCAGCUCCUUGUCUUACCAGCUUCAAAACUCCUUUCCCACCAGCCAGCAUCAGCCUCAAACAUCUGUACCUCACAUGACCUACCUUACUCCAUCGCCCUACCUCACCCCCAACCCUCCAGAUUCCAACCCUACCUCCUACCUUACGUUUGGACCUGGAGGAAGCUCGGCUGGACUGGUCACAUACUCAGCAGGUGGUCACACCUACUUUCCGUCCCAGAGGACCGGACAGAUCCUGCUGCAGCAAAUCGGCCACCAUGGUGGGGUGGCAUCGUACCAGUCGUAUCCAUGGAGUAACUUGUACAGUCAGCCGGGCAUCCAUCAGCGCACCCAGUGUCCCUCCGCCUUCUCAGCCAGCUUGGGAUCCGGUCAAGACCACCAGACCCCCUCUACCUCCAGCCUGCCUGUCCAUCCUGGCUUUCAGACCUCGGAGCUUCAUCUUGACUACAACCUAACCCCACCAGUGGGCACUGUUUAGUCAUGUGCAAA